AAAAAAAAAAGCACAUAUUUUGGAAUGGCAGACACCUGGGUUCAAAUUCCAGCUUCUCUACUGAAUACUUAACCUCUAAGCUUCAGUCUCCUCAUCAGUCUAAGACGGAUAACAACACCUCAUGAAUUUGUAGGGAUCAAAUAAGAUAAUACAAAAUUGGAAAGGCAGUUGGGUAUCUUUAAGCCAGUUACUUAACCUUCCUGGGCCUCAGCUGCUUCAACUGUAAAAUGGGGACAAUUAUAGAAUCUACCUUCAUAGGGUAGUUUUGUGAUAAAUAAAUGAAUUAUGGCUCGGAAAGUGCUUAGCACAGCACCUGUCACAUCAGCUAGUACUCAGUAAACAGGAGUUGUUAUAAGUAAUGCAUGCAAAGCUCUCAGCAUGGUAAAAAUAAAUGUCCAAUAAAUAGUGGCUAUUAUUAUUACAAAGUACAAGUUCCUCAGAGAAUUUCAACCACGUUUAUCUCUUGCAAAUCAAUAAAAUAUGAAGAUGUUGGGGGAAAUCUUGCCCUUAAGUAAAUGCUGCAAUCAUAGCAGAGAGAACCCAGGAGCCCUGUAGCCUUGGCAGGAUACCCUGGGACCUCCACCUGCCCCGAGUGAGGCUCCCCUUUGCUCCCACAGGACCUGCCCUCAUUCAGCCACCCAGUCUUUCAACAAAUGCUCACCCCGCACCUACAGUGGGCCAGACAGAGGGCCGGGAAUACCCAAGCAGAGAAUGAGAUGGCUCCAGCUCAUCUAUAGGGCAGUGAGGCAGAUACACAUUAAAUAAACACAUACGCAAAUGAUGACUUAAUGCCAGCUGCAAUUUGUGGUGUGAAGAAUGCAAUGAGAAUGUACAAUGGGAGUCCCCAUGUGGUCUACCUCCAGGGGUAUGUGUAAGGGGGAGUCAUCGUAAAGACUCCCAAGGAGCAUUUAAGCUGGGACUUGACAGAUGAAUAGGAGUUGGCUGGGUGGUGCCUGGGAGUGAGGGAGGAAAGGGCUCGGGCAGGCAGGCAUUUUGUUCCAAAGCCCUGUACCCACAAAGUACCUGGCUCACCAGGAGAACAGAGAGAAGGGCAGUGUGGUUGACUUAUUCCUAGACGCUCCACUCAAAAAUACUCAGCUAGGAGGUUGGAAUUUGGAGAGAAACCCAGGUCCACAGGAACUGCAUUCUCAGUGGCAACUGUUGUCUCUUCCCUUUCAGGCGCUGCCUACCUGCUCGCCAAGACGGCCUGGUCUCAGAGCACGACCCACAAGGCCAGGCAAACGCCCAGCGUCCCAGCGGCUGCAGACAUGGCUCACUCUGCCCACCUGUGAACCACGGCCACGACACCACAACGGGGACUCGGCCCCCUGAAUUCUCUCUGAUGCCUCAGUCAUGUCCUGGUCACACCCCUCUUGGUUCUGUGAGGCUACUUAGGAAGAGAAGUUUCCCUCACUGAAGAAAAGGGAGACAGCAUGAAAGAAAACAAUGUCCCCAAAAGAGGCAUUUGUGAUUGACAUAAAUGGGGAUGUUCCCUUAGGAGCAUCAACCCUCAAGGCAGAAGCAAACCCCCAGGCCAUUUAUUUCUCCGCCUAUUUACAUGCUAUGGAAAGAAGACGUGUGUAAGUUUCCUGUGGUUUUACACUGGAAACCGAUGCUCCAGGAAAGGAAGCUGUAGGUUCUAGACAUAGCAGGUUUCUUUUGGGAUUCACACAUUGGGCGUCUGGCACUACCCCCUAAAUGGUACUUUUGUUGUCUUUUCUUUCAAGACAGCCAGCUUCUUCCAAGAUCAGAACCGCCUGCUGGCCUCUCUUGGUAAACAGCCCACCAGCUCUCUUGGUAGAUCAGAUGUUUAAUAGUCAGCCUAACUUACUGUUUAUCUAAGUAGCAGUUAUGACUGUGAUGAAAUAAUGCUUUAACUGCAGAGGAAGCAUUACAGAUAGCUCCCACGUGGAAUCUAGAGGCUGGGAAUGGCCAACAGUGCAUCCUGUACCAAGAGGAGAGGACCACUCCACCGUGCCUGGCAGUUCUCCAUGUCAGAGAUGCCAUCGUUAGAAGCUGCUCCAAAGACCUAAGGGAGAUGUGCCCCAGAGAAGCAUAUGGACCCGAUCCUUUCCACUGAGGCUCAAUGGCCCAGCAAAAUAUGAAAGUGAGACCUGUGCUCCUAAAGCGUAACAGUCUAGAGUCAGUGGAGUUCGUGAAACAAGCUCACCACCGCAGGAGCAAAUCCCAGCAGGUGAGAUUCAAGGAAGAUGGGACCACAAAGAACCCGACUGGCCUAGCUGAGGUUGACGUCCACACUCCUGAAGACCCAAUGGUGAUGAGGAAGACUCAAGCAGCCAGGCACCAUCACCCCCCCACCUACUCGCUCUCCUUCCCCAGGUCCCAGAAGGCAGGGGGCUUUCGGAACAUUGCAAUCCAAACCUCCCCCAGUCUCAGGAAGCAUUUCCCAGUUUUCAAAAGGAAGAAACUCACAUCUAGCAAGUCCCUGGUGGAAAUGCCAACAACAUGCCCAAGUGCCAUCCAGGUCAACGGCACCCUCUCUGAGCAGGACAUUGUAUCUUCUAACCUUGCCUACCUGAGGUUGGCUCAGCAUCUUGAGGAUGGGCCUCAAAGGGUCAAGGUGCCCCACCCAUUUCCCCCUGGGGUGUCCAAGGUGCAGAGCAACGGGCCCGUUAGCAUCUGCUUGGAGGCAGGAACCUGGAGGUCUGCAGAGAAAGCAACAGCUGCCAUUCAGGUCCCAGAUGAUAUUUAUCACAGUCCUUCCUGGGAUGCCAGAGAGUCCACUUUCAGUCCACACAGGUCGGCUGAAAUAAGCAACUCUAUACACCCUUUGGCUGACCCGUGUGCAGGUGAUAGGAGAAGGGUGACUCCACCAGAUUCAGCAAGAUCCCCCUCCUGCUCAAAUGCCACCAGCGGUGCCAACCACACGCCAGGCACAGAGAAACUCAAACCUGAAUUGCUUUUGCCCAAAGACAACACCGAUGACAAAGACCUCGGCCCACUGUCAUCGCAGUCAAAGGAAACAUGUGUUCCCUCACCUCCACGGACUCACAGCUCCCCCUCGCCAGGUUCGCACAGCCAGCCAGCCCACCCAGCAAGAGCCCCAGACUGUCCUGCAUCCAGUGGCAAUCACCAGAAUCUGGCGUCACUCAAAACUCAAAGUGCAUCAAAAUCCUCCCCUGCGUGUCCGGAGCAGAUGGCAAAGGAGCCCACUCAGGGGGACCCCCUGGAGUUUCCAAAUUGUCCAGGAAGCAGUCACCUCCCAUCUUCCCUUCCCAGGAGCGAGACCAAACUUCAGAGCAACAGGGAGAUUAGUGGCAUUAAUCAGAUUCACCUGGCACGGGGGGAGCUCUGCGACCUCCAAGGCCGGCUGCAAUCCGUGGAGGAAUCUCUGCACUCGAACCAAGAGAAAAUUAAAGUCCUUUUGAAUGUAAUUCAAGACCUGGAGAAAGCUCGAGCUCUCACAGAAGGGCGCCACUUUUACCGAACUGGCCAAGAUCUCAACAACUGCAGUACCUGCCAGAACACGGCGUGCAUCAUCUACAGUGUAGAGUAUGAUUUUCGGCAGCAGGAAGGCCGCUUCCAUGAAGUUCUGCAGAGUCUGGAGGAAGCCGAGCCAGCUGAAGAGGCAUCUCCCCCACCAAAGUCCCCAGCAGAACCCCCAGUCCCAGAAAAGCAGGACUUAAGGCGGAAAACCAAGAAAGUGAAGAAGAAAUGUUUUUGGUGGAUCUGAGUUCACUGGGACCAUCCCCUCCACCCUCCCCUUGUACCUCCCUGAGAUGGGGAAGCCACUGCCCUCGUGGCCUUUCCUGCUUCUCUGCAAAGGCCCCAGGCUGUGAGCCCCUUGUCCUGUGAAGCGGGAGAGCCUUGGAGCUGGUUUAGCCACCGCCGGACACCUGAUCGCCAUCCUCACCUGAGUGCGUGCCACUGCUUGCUGAGGACUUCAUGGACACUAGAGUGACCACUUGCCAAGUUCUCUGUCCCACAAGGCCAGGCCUCAGCCUGGUUUGCAAGUCCAGAUUCCCACCAUGAGCAAACCCCCACGACACCUUCCAACACCUCCAUGGUCUAACCACUUCCUUCCCAUCCUAGGUUCAUCAACCCAAAAGAAAAAAAAAAAGUGUUGUGCAGAGCUAGAAGACAGAGAAAGGUUAUAAGCAGAUAUCCCAGAAAAAAAAAUUAGAUUAAUAAACUGGAAGUUUCUAAGAUAUCAGUGUACAUGAGCACAACAGAGUAGGCAGGGCAGAAGAAUGCAAGAGCACCCUGGUAUAUUGGGGUCACUUUCAUUUUUAAUUAGCCCCUUGAUUCCAAAUCAAGGAUCUGUCAUCGCAUGCUGUGCAGGCCUCACUGUGUGUGGCAGAGUAAGGUCACUCCAGGGCAUGAGGAACAUAGUGUGGAUGGUCUGAGCAACUGUAAUUCCAAGAGGGUUUCAGCAGUUGUAGCUAUGCCAGGGCCCACCCGGAACCAUCAUGCCUCUGGCCUGGGGCCUGAGACCACCUGGCGAAUCAGUGGAAUCUGGUUUGAAGGUUUGAACUUUUAAGAUUCCACAGCAAGAU